AUGGCCGAGGCCGAGCGGCUGCCCCCGCCGCUGCCCCCGCGACUGGACUGGUUUGUGCACACACAGAUGGGCCAGCUGGCCCAAGGCAGUGUCCCCGAGUGGUUCCACGGGGCCAUCUCACGAGAGGCUGCUGAGGACCUGCUGGCGUCAGAACCACUGGGGUCCUUUCUCAUCAGGGUCAGUCACAGCCACGUGGGCUACACCCUUUCCUACAGGGCCCCGAACUGCUGCCGCCACUUCAUGGUGAAGCUCUUGGACGACGGGAGCCUGGUGAUCCCUGGGGAGAAGGCGACGCACGCCUCGCUGGACGCUCUGGUCACCUUCCACCAGCAGAAGCCCAUUUGGCCCCACGAGGAGCUGCUGACCCAGGCCUGCGGGCAGAAGGAUCCAGCAAACGUGGAUUAUGAGGAUCUCUUCCUUUACUCCAGUGCACUGGCAGAGGAGGCCACCAGGCCUGUCCCUGGCCUUGGGGAACAUCAGAGACCUUCCUCCUGCUCAGUGGCUGCACUUGAGAAGGUCCCUUUGAGGCCAGCCCUGCCCCACCCCACGACGGCGAGGAAGCCCUCUGCAGAGCCGGGCAGGGCGCCCCCCGGGGAAGCCUCUUCCUCCUGCCCCGCGAGGCCCUUCAGGGAGGCCGGGCAGAGGCUCUGGAGCAGCCUCAAGGCGCUGCCCGCGUCGGGCCGCAUCGCGCAGCCGCAGUUCCGCUCCGCCCUGGCGGCCCUGAGGUCAUCGCUCCAGGAGGCCAGGCCGGCUCGGGGGACCCCCGGCCCCAGGCCCCGGGCGGACAGCAGGAAGCACUCGGGCGAGGCGGCCUGGAAGGACAGUGUCUCCGGGGACCCGUGUGUGGCCACACCCUCUGACUCCUCGCAGCCCCAGGCCCCGAGACCCAGGGACGCCUCCGCCAGGAAGGCCGCCAGGCCCGAGAGCUGGAGCGGGGCCACCCCGGCGGCUAGGGGCUGGCACCCAUUGGUGGCGAGGGCCCUGUCUUCCCGGGAGGCCACGCCGGGGCCUGACGACGUUUCCGAGCCCGCGGAGGACCUGCUGCCUGAGGAGUACCUGCCGCCGCCGCCCUUCGCCCCCGGGUACUGCUAG